CACAUACAAGCACUUAAUGCUUUGGAGUCCACAUUUUGUGCUGUGCUAAUAAAGUAUAAGUCUCGCCCCUUCAGUUGACACCACAGAACCUUUGCUGUUGUUGGGAUUAUUUUUUAUUUAGAUGUGUGCUAACUGGCAGUACCCGUGUUGUGUGUCCUUGUGUUCUUUUCACUUCCUGUUUUAUUUUGAAGUUUGGUCUCAUGCCCGUCUUCCUGUCAAGAUUCCCACCUUGGUGAUUGAACUGCCUGCCCCAGUGUUGUUUUGUCAUUCACAGUUACACAGGUUUCGUACAGAUAUGGAAUCACGCCCAUCUGUGGCUUUAUAAACUCCACUUAUCUUUCACGGUACACCACAUAGUUACAAGUCACCACUACGGAGAUAUCAAAUCUUAACAAGAGACAUCUGUAUGAUAUGGAAAAAGGGCAUACCACAUAGUUACAAAUCACCAAUACAGAGAUAUCAAAUCUUUACAAGACUUCAGAGACAUCUGUAUCAUAUGGAAAAAGGACACUGACAACCUGAGAUGGCAAACGGACCAGCCCUGUCCACUGUUGACGGUGGGGAAAUAUAUGUGGGCAGGACAUUCAGAGAUUCCUUCUCAUCGUUAGAUGUUCUUCAUGCAAAUGAGUUUGAAGGAGAGUUAUAUGAUCCAAACUUUGUUGAGGAAAGACAGGCAAACUUUUACAGAGGAGCUCCCCCCAACUGGUUAAACUUUCACUUUAGUGAACAGGCAGCGUCAAAUGGCACUGGAACCCCUUUCAUUAAACGAGAUGGAUAUCAAGCGCUCAAGGAAGAAAUUCAGGAAAAAGCAAAGUUCCCUGGAAUAUCAGCUGUUAAACUGUUUCACCAACCAGGAUGUGGAGGAACUACAACAGCCAUGCAUGUGCUGUGGGACUUGAGGAAAACCUUGAGGUGUGCUGUUUUAAGAGGUUCAGCCCCAGACAUUACAAAUGUUGCCAAAGAUGUGGUCCUUCUUUUCACAGCAGGAAAUCAAGGCCACCAGAACACCGUGUUACUGUUACUGGAUGAUGAGCAGAUCUUGGAUGAUCUCCAACACAGCAUUAUGAUGAUGAUAACUGCUCAACAGAAGUUAGUCACCUACAGGCCUGUGGUGGUUUUACUCAGCUGUGUGAGAAAAGAUGCAGUUCUAGAGAGUGACCAUGUCGUACUACAGAAGGUACUCUCAGACAAAGAGAAGCAACAAUUCAAUGAGAAAAAGGAAGAACUUAGCAGAAGAUACGGUGAAAGAUGCAAACUAUUUCAUGGUUUUAACAUAUUGCAAACAAAUUUCUCCCAGGAUUACAUCGAAAAGGCAUGUGAGAUAUUUAUCACAAUCAGGAAAACAAAUAAACCACUGAAGACUCAGCUUGCUGCCUUCCUAUCCCUUCUGAAUGCCUAUGUCCCAGGUUCAUAUCUCCUGGAGUCUCAGUGCAGAGACUUCCUCAAACACCAUGACAACAUCGAUCGAUACCUUUCACUGGAACACCUAAUGAAGCCUUUUACUCACCUCAUCGUCACCUUCCAGCAAGAUAUAAGAUCUGAAAGAAUUGUCCGCAUGGUUCACCCUUUGAUAGCACAGUGUUGUAUUGAUAUGAUGGACAAAGCAGGAGUGACUAGAAGUGACACAGCAAGAAACUUCUUGACCUGUUUUUGCAAAGAUGAGGUUCCUCCGUGGUUGCUUGGUUUUGUCAAAGACAUGCUAACCAAAAGAGUAAUGAAAAAAGAAGAAAAUCCCAACAUUAAAGAGGAUAAAGAAAGGUUUUCUAGGCUGAUUCUUGACAUUCAAAAGAUGGAGGGAGAACCACAGAGUGCAUCAGUUUUAAAGAUGGCAUCAAAGAGAUUUGAUCAAAAUGCUUUUUUUCCACAAGCACUUGCUCGUUUUUAUUACAUCGAACUCAAAGACUACAAUCUGGCAGAAACGUGGGCAAAGACAGCAAAACAAAGAGAUCCCCAAAGUUCAUUUGUUGCUGAUACACUGGGCCAAGUCCAUAAGAACCACCUGAAUAACAAUGCGCCUUCUACCCAACUCGAAAUCUUGCAACUGGCCGAAAAGGCAAUUGCAGCAUUCAAACAUGAAGAGGAACUUGCUGAGAAGGAAGCUGAGGUAAAACUGAACAAUGAUCACCAAACUAAAGUCUCACAUCUUUAUAACUCCAGAGGACAGUUUGGUUACCUUCAGGUUUGCAAUGCUCUGUAUGACAAACUUGUAGAAGAAAACAUAACAUGGAGAGAAGUUCUCACGAAGAAAGUGUCUAUGAUCUCUGUCUUGGAAUCACUUGGACACAAGAAACUCUACAGAUUUAACACUCUAAUAAACAGCCUGAGAGAUGAGGUAGAGAGAAAAUGUGAUUUUUUUGAUAAAUAUCUGACUUACUCAAAGCUUAGCAUGGAGAAAGAGGAUCCUGAAUACAUUACUAGAGACACCUUGGACUGCUACAGGAAUUAUGUUGGAGAGUCACCACCAACGCGAGAAGGUGCUGUGGGAGUACUGUCCUGUCUUGACAGAGAAUACACUAAAUCAGAGCUAAAGGAAAUCAUAACGCGGUAUGGAGAAAUCUGUUCAAGCAAAGAUUCAGGAACAGCUCUCAACUUCCCUCUGAAAUGUAGGUUGCCAAAGGGAUUUGGAGAGAAAAUGCCGAUGAGUCCAAAGGAUCCACCUGAGCAGCACAUGUUAGCCCUCCUCCUGUACUGGCCUGACAAAGAAGAGAAAUGUACCUUUGACCUGAAUCAGUUAAUUCAGCAAAUGCAUCAGUCUUAUGAACAUACAUACAAGAAAUACUUUUGUUCAAGGUAUCUUCGCCCUCUGUUUUUCAUUGGAAAAGGACCAGAUCAGAACCUAAUUGUUCACAGAAAAGUUCUCGAACAACUGUGUGAGCAAAGUCAGAAAACUGUACCAGAUUGGAGCAACACCUGGAAGAAUGAGCAUAUUUUCAAAAAUCCCCGGGUCCAGGAGCACCUUCUCACUGUUGAAGGGGUGGUACGAAACUACAGAGUGUAUGCAACUGUUGGUGACACAGAGAUCGAGGUGAAUGUCAACCUGCAAAACAGCCUCUGGAAACCACGGCAAGUGUUCUUCUACCUUGGAUUUACCAUCAGAGGUCCUGUGGCCUUUCGCAUCCAGACCAAAAACUGAACACAAUGUGUCCAGACCAGUCUGCGCUAGGCCAGACCCCAAGUGAAGCGGUGGCUGCCCUCCUACAGCUUUAGCCUAUUAAACACACAGUGGGACCAUGGCAUCAAUCACAAACCAGGAGCAUUUUAUCAGGCAAAGGGAGGCAGAUGUACUCACAGAAUUUUGGGAUUUAAUUUUUGUUUUUCUGUUUUGUUUCUUUUUAUUUCAAGUGCUUCUUGAACAUCAGCUUGAGAAUGCUGUUGUAUGUGACCAAGUGACUUUUAUUUUACUUUUUCUCUCUUAAAGUUUUAGAAGGCAGUGGACUCACUGUGUUAGCAAAUGUAUGGUAGUUUGGAAGUAGCUGUUUGACAAACUUACAACUGCUUGAUGUUAGUUUUUUAUUAUUUUUUUCGAACUAAUCAAUGGGAUGAUACCAUUGGUACCAUUGUUAGCUAAUACGAUGCAUCGAUAUGUUCUAGUUCAUGUUAUUCUUUUAUGUUUUUUCAGCUCUGGGUGAUGUAUUUCACAAAUUAAAAGAAGAUAUUCAUAUAAUUGUAUUAACUGAAAUGUGACAUACUAUGUCGUAUUUGAUCAGACGUGUCUCUGCUUUUUUUUUUUUUUUCUCAUUAAAAAAGGGCAUUUCGUGCGGGAUUCGAAUCAGGGCCACCUGCAGUGAGGACUGUAGUCUUAGUACAUGGGACAGGUGCCCUACUCACUGAGCAACACACCACCCAGAGUUGUGACCACUACUUGUAACAUGAUUUUAUUCAGACUUUCAAAAGCGGAAAGCCGUCAUAAAAAUCUGUCAUUUUCUUCAUAUGAGACAUGCUGUCGCUUGCACAUUGCACCAAAAUCAUGAAACGUUGACCCAUAAUUUGUGGAUUGUAGCCUUAUAAAACAAAUUUCAGAAUGUGUGUGUAUAUAUAUAUAGAGUUUGUUUCUUUGUUUGUUUUACCAGAGUGGUAAUUUCUAAUUACACUCACUGAAAAUCCUUUAUCCUAUGGGGAAAAUGCAACUGAUAACCAUCAUUGGAUAGGUAAGCAUCAAUAUUACAUGAAUAAAUAUGCAAUUGAAAAAUAAAUAUUAACUAGAAUGAAUUGGUUCAAAUAAUCUCCUGCACAAAUGACUCAGUAACUUUUUAUUUACUUCAAUAAAGCUACACAUGCUACACAUCUAUCCAGUUUUACAGUUAGCAGUAGAGGUGGGCUUAUUGAGUUUAAUUAGUUCAAUUAGAAAACAUUUGUCAUUGUUUUGCCCUUGCUAAUAUAAGCUAAAUUGCUAAAUCUUGUAGCAGAUGAUGAUUUUGUUAGCUUAUGAAUGGCAGAAUUUUUUAUUUUUUUUUAUUUUUAAUGUACUGGUUUUUAAUGUAAAAGUCUUUUAAUAUCAAACACUUGAGGCUCUCUACUUUUAUUUAUUUUCCAAUUGUUUAAUGAACAAAGGAGGAAGUGAUAGAUUGAGACGCUAUUGUCAUGAGUGCUGGGUAGAGUAGUGUUAAGUAGUGAAAAAUAAUUUUAGGGGUAAGACAAAAUGUAGACAUGUGAGUGGAGCAAAAUAUGUAGGUUCAUACUUUCACAUCUACAUUUAGUUACAGCGCACUUUUUUGAAUGUUGCAGAAGAAUGCUGUACAAUGGUGAGAUGCAGUUGACAAAAGGGUUACUGGUAACGUUGGGAAUGCUGAAUGUUUUGUUAAUCAAUUCAGACGAAGUUGUGCAGUGAUGAAUUAUUUUUAGUCUUUUUAACUACCACAGGAAGAUUGUUACGCAUUGUUUAUACAGUUAUACGUUCUGCAAGACAAUUAGAGCUAGCAUGCACGGGUGUGUAGGUGUGAGGUUUUUGCAGAGGUGUCAGACAGCAAUUGAAAUGUCUAAUUAUGUUUCAGUACUCUAUAUUACAUCUAUAAAUAUAUAUCUCAAUGGUGGAUGGACUUUGAAAUACUAACAAAAUAACAGAAAAGAAUGAAAGAAAAUUCAUUUUUGAUUUGUACUUAAAUCAUGCCAGUUUGUCAUUGUGCUAAAAUGAAUAUAAAUAUUAUGUAUUAAAAUAAAUAUGUUAACCCAA